GCAUGAAGCCCGCCGGCAGGCCGAGGAGCAGAAGGUUCCCCUGCAGACGAGACGACUGAGUGCCGAGGCGGGAUGGCGGGGGGUCGGAGGGGACUUGUGGCCCCACAGAAUACUUUUUUGGAGAAUAUUGUCAGACGGUCGAACGUUUGGACACUGUCACAUAAACAGACAGAUACCAACUUUGUCCUGGGAAACGCCCAGAUAGUCGACUGGCCCAUCGUCUACAGCAACGAUGGUUUCUGCAAGUUGUCGGGGUACCACAGAGCAGAAGUGAUGCAGAAGAGCAGCACCUGCAGCUUCAUGUACGGCGAGCUCACGGACAAGGACUCCACGGAAAAAGUGCGGCUGACGUUCGAGAAUUACGAGAUGAAUUCGUUUGAAAUACUGAUGUAUAAGAAAAACCGGACGCCCGUGUGGUUUUUUGUGAAGAUCGCUCCCAUCCGGAACGAACAGGAGAAAGUGGUCCUGUUCCUUUGCACGUUCAGUGACAUCACAGCGUUCAAACAGCCCAUUGAAGACGAUUCCUCCAAAGGCUGGGGAAAGUUCGCCCGGCUCACUCGGGCUCUGACGAGCAGCCGAGGGGUCCUGCAGCAGCUGCAGCCCACGGUGCAUCAGGGAGAGAACGUCCACAAGCACUCCCGCUUGGCCGAGGUACUGCAGCUGGGCUCAGAUAUCCUCCCGCAGUACAAACAGGAGACCCCCAAGACCCCCCCGCACAUCAUCCUGCACUACUGCCUCUUCAAGACCACGUGGGACUGGGUCAUCCUCAUCCUCACCUUCUACACCGCCAUCAUGGUGCCCUACAACGUCUCCUUCAAGACCAAGCAGAACAACGUGACGUGGCUGGUGGUGGACAGCAUCGUGGACGUCAUCUUCCUGGUGGACAUCGUGUUGAACUUCCACACCACGUUCGUGGGGCCCGCCGGCGAGGUCAUCUCGGACCCCAAGCUGAUCCGCAUGAACUACCUGAAGACGUGGUUCGUCAUCGACCUGCUGUCCUGCCUCCCGUACGACGUCAUCAACGCCUUCGAGAACGUCGACGAGAAUUGGAACCACCAAGCUGUCACUCAAGGGAUCAGCAGCCUGUUCAGCUCGCUGAAGGUGGUCCGGCUCCUCCGCCUGGGUCGGGUCGCCCGCAAGCUGGACCACUACAUCGAGUACGGGGCGGCCGUGCUGGUCCUGCUGGUGUGCGUUUUUGGACUGGCCGCCCACUGGCUGGCCUGCAUUUGGUUCAGCAUCGGUGACUACGAGGUCAUCGACGAGGAGACCAACAUCGUGCGCAUGGACAGCUGGCUCUACAUCCUGGCGGAGACGGUGGGCAACCCGUACCGCUUCAACGCCAGCGGCACGGGGAAGUGGGAGGGGGGCCCCAACAAGGACUCCGUCUACAUCACCUCGCUCUACUUCACCAUGACCAGCCUGACCAGCAUCGGCUUCGGGAACAUCGCCCCCACCACGGACGGGGAGAAGAUCUUCGCGGUGGCCAUGAUGAUGAUUGGAUCUCUUCUGUACGCCACCAUCUUCGGGAACGUGACCACCAUCUUCCAGCAGAUGUACGCCAACACCAACCGCUACCACGAGAUGAUCAACAGCGUCCGGGACUUCCUCAAGCUCUACCAGGUGCCAAAGGGCCUGAGUGAAAGAGUCAUGGACUACAUCGCCUCCACCUGGUCCAUGUCCCGGGGAAUAGACACUGAGAAGGUGCUGCAGAUUUGCCCGAAGGACAUGCGGGCCGAUAUCUGCGUCCAUCUCAACCGGAAGGUGUUCAAAGAGCACCCGGCGUUCCGGCUGGCCAGCGACGGGUGUCUCAGAGCGCUGGCCAUGGAGUUCCAGACCAUCCACUGCGCCCCCGGGGACCUGAUCUACCACGCCGGGGAGAGCGUGGACAGCCUCUGCUUCGUGGUGUCGGGGUCGCUGGAGGUCAUUCAGGACGAAGAGGUGGUGGCGAUUCUAGGCAAAGGAGACGUGUUCGGAGAUGUUUUCUGGAAAGAAGUGACUCUCGCUCAGGCCUGCGCCAACGUCCGCGCUCUGACCUACUGCGACCUCCACGUCAUCAAACGGGACGCCCUGCAGAAGGUGCUGGAGUUCUACACGGCGUUUUCCAACCACUUCUCCAGGAAUCUGCUGCUCACUUACAACCUGCGGAAAAGGAUCGUCUUCCGAAAAAUCAGCGACGUGAAGCGGGAGGAAGAGGAGCGCCAGCGGCGGAAGAACGAGGCCCCCCUGAACCUGCCCCCGGACCACCCGGUGAGAAAACUCUUCCAGCGCUUUCGGCAGCAGAAGGAGGCGCGCCACGCGCCGGAGCUGGACGACCGCGACGUCGAGAGGGGCCCCGCGUACGCCGACGUGCCGGCGGCCGCCAUCGCCACCACCAGCAUCGUCACGGUGACGGAGAGCCCGGCGACGCCCUCGUCGUCGUCGACGGCGCCGCCCGCCUCCGCCGCCGCCGCCGCCUGCCCUCCCUCGGGCAAGGCCAAGCUGCAGGUGCCGGCCCCGGUUUCGCUGAUAGGAGGCCGCGCCAACGAACCGGUCAAGGUGAAAGGCUGGGGCCUCUUCAAGGAGUCCGUGGUCAAGGCCGACAACUGGAACAAGGUGUCCAAGGCCGAGUCCAUGGAGACCCUGCCCGAACGGACCAAGGCGCUGGAGCCGCCGCAGGCGUCUCUCAGGAAGACGGACUCGUGCGACAGCGGCAUCACCAAGAGCGACCUGCUCCUGGACAAGGCGGGCGAGUUCCGCCUGACGCCGCAGGACCGCAGCCCCGUGCAGCCGCCGGAGAGCCGCCACGGCUUCUACCCGAUCCCGGAGCAGACGCUGCAGGCGUCGCUGCAGGAGCUCAAGCUGGAGCUGAAGGACGACCUGAAGAGCCUGGACGUGCGGAUGUCCGGCCUGGAGGCGCAGCUCGCCGAGGCGCUGCAGCUCCUCAAGGCCAGGGGGUCGAGCGGCGGCUCCCCGCAGAGACUUUUUGACAUUUCUAGACCGGCGUCGCCAGAGCUGGACAAGGAGGACAUCUUCUCAUGAGGGGGGGAGGGCUUAACUCGUCAGGUUAACCGUGCAGCUGGUAUCCAGAUUGCCUGGAAGGCCCGAGGCUGCGAUCGGGUGCACCUUUUUAGAUUAGCGUGGUCUUAAAGACGCACCGGCCUGUAUCACGCAGGGG